GCGCGCAGUGUCCACCAGGUGUCGCCACGUGGCUAAAAUUUAUUUUGCUGUGGCCCAAAGGCUGCUGGGAAAUUUUGUCUUUCAGGAAGCACCAUUAGCUGCCACCAAAACAAGUUGACGAAGCGCAGAUUUAGCAGGUUGGCUGGUGGACUCGCGUUUGUGAAGUUGGCACGCUGCUGCAGAAGGCGUCUUCAGACAUGCAGGAGGACAUAGGCACCAUGAUGUCCUGGUUUUCCAGCCCUGUUUACAGCCGCUACUGGCAGCACUACCAGCAGGCGAUGGCGUGGCACCAGAGACACAGGCGAGCCUACAGGAAGGCCUUGGAGGCCGCUUACGGACAAGCUUCCAGCCAGGAGCCGUGUCCCAGCAGCCACCAGCAGCGCUACGCAGACUGGAACGCAGGAGAGGACGGCGUCAGCGAGGACGGGGAGGACGGGGACGAGGAGAGCAGCUCGGACAGCGAGAUUGAGUGUGAUGUCAGCAACAUGGAGAUCAGCGAGGAGCUUCGGCAGUACUUCGCCCAGACGGAAAAACACAGAGAGGAGCUAAAGAAACAGCAGCAGAUGGAGGCUGAGCAGCAUGACAGCUAUGUACCGGCUGACCAGGACCUGCGCGGCGUCUCCUGGCGAAGCAGCGUCACCCCUCCCUCUGAGCGACCCGGCGAGAGACGCGGGGCUGAGAUGAAGAAGCUCUAUGGCAAAGACGCACCUAAGAUCAUGGCCAUGGAGGCGGCGAUGCAGCUCAAUUUCGACAGAAACUGUGACCUCAAACAGCCCAAGUACUGGCCCGUUAUCCCGCUGAAACUGUGACGGCUGUAAAGGGUUUGAUUCUGAGGAAAUCCCUGCUCUGAUCUCUCGGUGAGACAGCAGCUUUGUCAUGUAAUGGAUUGUGGCUGCUGAUGUAGAACUAAUGGCGCGGGUUAGCUGAGGGUUACAAGUUAUUUUAAGCACAAAAAAGUUGCAUAAAUUAGCUGAGCUUCUGCUUAGCCAGACGUGAAUGUCACUGACCUGUCAGCUGCUGCUCUAAACGAAAACUUAUGAUUUUGGUGCUACACGUUUGAAUUUUUGUGGCUAUAAGUUAUUUUAAACUCCGGAGCGCUUUACUGUAUCAAAGAGACUGCAUGCUCAGGACAAAAAACACCAUGCGUAAAUAUCAGCUGCAGGUCAGAUACAGUAAAACAUUUCCUGUAGCUGAUGUAAAUAUAUUCCAACAACAUGUGCCUGCGUGUUUCCUCCUAAUCUCUUUCUGUUUACCCUCUAGCUUGCUGAUGUUACAUGCUGCAGUGGCUCCUCUUUUGCCUGUCAACUUAGUUUAACCACAAAAACAUUUUCCUCUGUUCAAUUUUUUUGCAGCGUUCCCGCAUGGCUGCGUCUGAUAUUCCACUUUUCAACGUACACGGAGAGUGAUUUGUUGUUGUUGCUUCUUAAAAGCGCCUCUCUGAUUCUGACAUUUCAUCGGCUUCAAAGCCGGUCGUGUGGUUCCUCAGGAGGGACGUCCACGAUUCUCUUUUAUCUCGUGCUCGCACCAUCCAGCAUCAAUUUUUUAAGACUGAGAGAAUGUGUAUUUUUUAUAUAUACUCUGUUUAUAAUAAAGUGUUUUCUGU